UUCUACGAUUCCCCGGAUCCCAAAAAUGGCUUCCUGAGUGUUUCUUUUGAUCUUUUCUUCUUGAACACCGAAGUUUCAUGGUGUUCAGAAACUGAUGAAUUGACAUUUGCGGGAAUUAUACGUUCUCCUUUCUCUCUCAGUCGCGCUCUCCUGCUUGGUUGAAUCCGAUUGUAGCGCCAUUAGAUUGUAGCGCCAUUAGAUUGUAGGUUCCAAAAUCCAAAGAUGUUCUUGACAUGGAUUGACAGAAACCUUCAUCUUCACAAAAUGAUUCUGUCUUCUUCUUCCGAAACGAAUCCUUCCUAGAGCAAAGUCCCGAUCUUCUAAGUUCUUGAACUUAUCCAAUUUUGGUGUCGUUUCACUCCAUGCAGCCGUGUUUAGUUGCCGGCGAAGUUUCCCGCCGACGCGUGAUGGAGAAGUCCCUUCCCGGAGUUCAUUGCAUUUUUCCCCGUGAUUUUUGGGGUGUCGUUUUCACUAAAGUUAAGGGCACGCAGGUAACUUUAGUAUAGAAAAUCCGUGGUUAACCCUACCGCGCUUUGUUGUUAGGCUAGUGGGAGGCCCGAGAUAAUGGAAACAUUUCCGGAAAUACCCCUUACCUAUUAUAAAUGGCUUGAAACUCCCUCGGAAUGUCGGGGCUCGGUUGGUGUGAUCGUCGUGUAAACGCGUUGGCGCAGCAUCUUCAAAAUCUUAGCCCCUGGCGACUCGGCCGACGUCAAGUCGGCCGUCUCUCCGAAUCGAGCAGCUUGACUCGGUGAGUCGGUCUGGAUUUGGCUAAAAGAAACACCCAGAUUUAGAUGAAAUUUGGCUUCGAUUCGGUUUAAUUCGAGUGACUCGCCCGAGUUGCCUUCGAACCGGUUGAGUUCAUAUUUACUAGUUUUUCUUCCUUCCUUAAUUGACAUUUUGAAUUUCUUCUCAAUUUCCCAAUGAGGCCUCCUAGUUUUCAAAUCUCUUUUCGGCAGCAGCCUAUAAGGUUGACUCUUGUGACUAAAAUAACCCACAAAGUCUUUUUUUUUUUUAAAAAAAAAGAAAUUCUUAAUACCUCUUUAUGUACGUUUCCCAUUCCAUUUUUUAAAAUCCUAUUCUUACAUUUUUCUUUAACAUUUCAAUUAGAUUUGGAGAUAAAAUUUGUUAUAAAACAUAAUUUUCCAUUGUACAAGUGGCAUUCAGAAGAGAAAAAAAAAAAGACUGAGCAAAAAUUAAAUACAUUAACUUAAGUGUUGACCACAUCAAUUUGUGCAGAUGGGCCGAUUGGGACCUAGCAGGUAACGAAUUAAUGUUCUACCGGUGCCACAUUCAAUAGACAAUUCCUUUUCUUAUUAAAUAUUUUAAAUAUUGUUUAUUUUUAUAAUUUUUUAUUUUCAUAAAAAUGAGUAACGAAAAAAAAAAAUUAUUUUUAGGGUAUAAAUGACGGGAGCAGAUCGUCACUGACCCAAGUUAGAGAUUUUUCUGUCAAUUAUUGAAUUUAGAUAAUAACGGUUCCAUUUUUUCUCUUUUGCAUAUUGACUUUUUGUUGGUUAAUGGUUAUGCAUUUAAUUAAACCAUACGAAAGUUACCGGCCAUUUGGACUGACCGACUAGACCGGCUGGGAGAGAAAUACGACUUAGCGGGUCAUUCAUGUCACGGGCCAUAGAGUGUCUUUUUGCAAAAUUUUCAGGAGCCCAUCGAUCUUUUCUUCUUAAUUUUUAUAAAAAAAAAAAUACAUAUAACUACAUGUGAAGUCUGACCUCAGAGGUCAGAAUGCUCAAACUUUUAUAUGUGAAAUAAAAAAAAAAGUGUGUUCAAAUGUGUGAAUGUGAUUUUAUUAUAAAAGAUUGAUUUUGAUUUCUUAUAGAAUUUAUUUUAUACAUCUUCGUUUUUUAAUGCAACUAGAGUUGAAUAUUUUGAAUUCAUCUAAAUCAUUGGAUUUUAAAAAAGAUGCCAAACCAGUGGGACAGCUGAUAAAGACAGAUGGACACUCAUGUAGAAAAUAUGAAAGCUUCGUGUAAUGGACUCCCCGUUUACAUGAUAUGCACGUCAGAUGUGCGUAAGACUUGUGCUUGCUUGACUUGAUCCUGGUGUUGAAAUUCUGAAAAUAAAAAGAUCUGGCAAAAAGUUCGAAAAAAAAAUUUAAAAUUUCUUAUAAAGAUCCGAAUUCAUAUGGUUGACUGAAGUCAGGUCUAACUUCAUUAGCGGGGGAUUUGUUUCUUUGAUUUCAAAAUUUUGGAAGGGCAAAGCUGAAUUUGGAUUUCUUAUGAGCGAGCUGUUUAACCAGAAGAGCAGCCUGCCGGGAAAAAUUCCGUCAGGUCUUUUCAACUCGACGUUCGGAUUCAACGGCUCGUCGUGGGCGUCGGAGAUGUCGGAGACCAAAUCAUUGGCGUUCAAUGGCUACUUCAUCUCCCUCUUCAAUCUGCACAUCGAUCGUUACCCUCUCCUCCUCGCCGACCACGUUAGACACGCCGUCCCUUCCACAUGGGAACCUGCUGCCUUCGCAAGAUUUAUUGAGAACUAUGGAACUCACAUCAUAGUGGGUCUGAGCGUUGGAGGUCAGGACGCGUUGUUUGUGAGGCAAGACCAGACUUCAAACCUACCUCCUUCUGAGCUCAAGAAACAUCUCCACAACCUGUCUGAUCAGCACUUUACUGGGGCAUGCCAGAUCUCUCCACAUCUUCGCAGGAAACAGAAGCAGAUGCCAGGGGCUUUUAAUGUCUUUGACCCAGAGCCGGUAAGCCUGGAGUGCUUCUCAUCCAUGGCAAGCAAAGAUGGCAUCACAGUCAUCUGUUCUAAGAGGGGAGGUGAUGUAUCCAUCAACAGCCACUGCGAAUGGCUUCUCACAGUGCCAGCUACGCCAGAUGCCAUCAAUUUUACCCUCGUCCCGAUCACCUCUCUUUUAGCUGGUGUUCCUGGCAAGGGAUUCUUGGCUCAGGCUAUAAAUCUCUACCUGCGCUAUAAGCCGCCGAUUGAAGAUCUAGAGUACUUCCUCUACUUUCAAUCUCAGAAGAUAUGGGCUCCAGUGCACAGUGACUUCCCUCUUGGACCUCCUGCAAACAGGUCCAUUAAUCCAACUUCUGCUUUGCAGUUCUCAUUAAUGGGCCCGAAGCUGUACGUGAACACCUCUCAGGUGAUGGUUGGGAAGAGUCUUGUAACAGGAAUGAGGCUGCAUCUAGAAGGCAUUAAGGGAAGCAGGCUCGCCAUCCACCUAGAGCACCUCCGGCACGUGCCGCUGUCACUGGAGAAACGAAUCGGCGAGGAGACAUGUUGGCGCGGAGCCGACGAACUUGCCGCUGAAGCCGCCGGCCACUACGAGCCCCUGCAGUGGAAGAAUUUCUCGCGCGUCUGUACGGCUCCGGUCGUCAGCGACGGCUUCUCGCCCACGGCGCAGGAGGACGACAGAGGCGGCGGCGGCGGAGCUGCCGUCGUGACCGGAGCUCAGCUCGAGGUGAUCAAGCACGAAUGGGCAAGCGUGCUCCGGCUCCGCUUGGCGUUCACUAGGCUGUCCGGCUGCAGAGUCGUGAAAUCAACUUGGCAGCACAGCGACUCCGCUAAGUUGACGCAGAGGUCGGGCUUGCUAUCCGGCGUAACCAUGCUGGCUCUUCCUGCCGCCUCGGCUGCCGCUCCCGCCAUUCCUGAAAAGCCGAUCAUUGAUUCCGGCGUAUUUGCCGGUGGCCCUCCGUCGGCCUCCCACGUGCCGAAGGGCCUAAGGUACGUGGAUACAUCGCAUGUGUGCAAGGGGCCGGACGACUGCCCGGGCCAUUGGCUGGUCACCGGAGCCAAGCUGGGCUUAGACAAGGGAAAGAUACGCCUAAGUGUUGAGUUCUCCCUCUUAAGUUACUAGGCCUUAGGUUUCAUUUAUUUCAUUUUUCCUUUUUUUUUUUUGGAAAAAUUUGGUGCCGGGGCCGGAAAAGCUGGGAAGGUUACAUACUGAGUGUUUUUUUUUUUAUUUUUAAUUACAAAUGUAAAUUAGGGAAAUCAGUCUGCAAAUUAUUAAAGUUAUAUAUUAAUCUUAAUGUGUUC